AUGGCCCUGGUUCUGCUGCUGCUACUGCCUUAUGCAGACUGUGUGAUGCAAAAGACAAGGUGCCCUCUUACUUUGGAAAGGGAUGGAAUAGACUCAGCUAAUUAUUACAAGCCAGGAGACCACCUCAUUAGCGGGGUCAUCUCUGCCACAAAUACUUUAUUUCGAGCUCAUGUCUUCAACAGCCCUCCCUCUACCAGCUUUCUUUGGAAAGGAACCACAAAAUACUGGCAGUUCUUGUCCUUUGCAUUUGCCAUCCAAGAGAUCAAUCGGAAUCCCAAGCUCUUACCCAACAUCACCCUGGGCUACAGCAUCCAUGAGAACUUUUUUGAUGGAAGGGUGACCUAUGAUGCCUUGCUGGACCUGCUGUCUCCUGGGCAGGCAAAUAUUCCAAACUACAACUGUGGAAGACAGACUAAUGCAUUCACUGUUUUGGAAGGGGCUAACUCUCAAAACUCCAUCUGGAUUUCAAGCUUGCUGGGCACCUAUAAAAUCCCACAGGUCAGUUAUGCUUUUGUCUCUAAUGUUCUAAGUGAUAAGAAGCAGUUUCCUUUUUUCUACCGGAUGGUCCCCAAAGAAGAAGCCCAGUACCCAGGAAUUGUCAAGCUGCUCCUUCACUUCAGAUGGACAUUGAUUGGUCUCAUUGCUCCAGACACUGACGAUGGAGAGAGGUUCAUGAAGACCUUGACACCUGUGCUCACCCGAAGUGAUCUCCACCCUUUCCUAGGAAAUUCCCAGUUCUACAACUCUUCCAUCGACUCUAUGUAUUUGGACGAGAACGGGGAGCUGGUAGCUGACCUGGACAUUGUGAACUGGGUGGUGUUCCCCAAUAAGUCCAUCCUCAGAGUGAAGUUUGGGAGUAUCGACAGACAGGGAUUGCCAGACCUGAAGUGCACCAUCGACCAGGAUGCCAUUGUGUGGCCUGAGUGGCUCAAUCAGACUCUUCCUACUUCCAGGUGUGUGGGAAGUUGUGAGCCUGGAUUUGUCAAAGUGAUUCAGGAAGGAAAGCCAAUCUGUUGCUAUGACUGCAUCCCCUGUGCAAAAGGGACGAUCUCUACUCAGGAAGAUGCAGAGUUUUGCACCAAGUGUCUAGAAGAUCACCAUCCCAACAAGGCACAGUAUAAAUGUGUACCCAAGAUAAUCAUCUUCCUCGACUAUGGAGAAUAUUUAGGGAUCCUCCUAACUUCCCUUGCCCUCUUACUGUCCUUAACCACAGGGAUUGUGCUAGGAAUCUUCAUCAAAUACCUUGAUACUCCCAUAGUCAAAGCCAACAACAGGGACCUCUCCUACAUCCUCCUUGUAUCCCUCCUGCUUUCCUUUUUGUCCUCUUUCCUCUUCAUAGGCCAGCCAAGGAAAAUGACUUGCUUUCUCCGACAAACAGCCUUCAGCAUCAUCUUCUCAGUCGCAGUCUCUUCUGUGUUGGCUAAAACCAUCACUGUAGUGCUGGCCUUCCUGGCCACUAAGCCAGGGAACAGUAUGAGGAGAUGGCUGGGGAAACGUCUGGCCAACACUGUAGUCAUUUCUUGUUCCACUGUCCAAGUUGCUAUCUGCACCUUAUGGCUGGGACUUUCUCCACCGUUCCCAGAGUCUGACCUGCACUCCCACGCUGGAGAGAUUGUCUUGCAGUGCAAUGAAGGAUCCAUUGCCCUGUUCUAUAGUUCCCUCGGUUACAUGGGUUUCUUGGCUGCCAUCUGCUUUGUGGUGGCUUUCCUAGCUAGGAAGCUGCCUGGGGCUUUCAAUGAAGCCAAGCUGAUCACCUUCAGCAUGCUGGUCUUCUGCAGUGUUUGGGUGUCCUUUGUGCCCACCUACCUGAGCACCAAGGGGAAAUACAUGGUAGCCGUGCAGGUCUUCUCUAUGUUGGCCUCCAGUGCUGGGCUCCUGGGCUGUAUCUUCCUUCCCAAGUGCUACAUUAUUCUACGCAGGCCUGAUCUGAAUACAAAGGAGCACCUCACAACGAAAACUAAAGAAGGCAUCUGA